AUGUUUCAGAAUCAGGCGAGGGAACAGCAGCAGUCACAACUGCAGUCCGUGCAGCAGGCUCAACAGCAGCAGCAGGUUCAGGAGUUUUCUCAGAGUCUUCCGCUGGACGGGCUGCAGCUGGACGAGGCGCAGCUGGCGUGGCUGAAGCAGGCUCACAUAGAGGCUCAGCGGUCGCAGGUGGGUCUUCAGCCCGGGUCGCUGCUCGCCCAAGCACUCAAGCUCUCCCACCAGCCUUCCUUCGCAGCCGUCUCCAAUCUCCCGCUCUUCUCUAAUUUCCGCUCCGUCACCGCCCCUCACUCCUCCUCCGCGCACCCCACCGAGCCCCAUGCAUCAGCUACCCUGUCCUCAACGAGCACUGUAGCUGCUGCAGCUUCUGCUGCCCCUGCAGGGGCUACAGUGUCAGUUCCCAAUUCAUCGAGCCCUGCCUGGAGCGAGCCGGCGUUCCCCACGGUGCAGUCUGGGGAGGUGACGGACCGAUUCUCUUCCUUCAGCGACUCGCACUUCGCCUCUGCUGCUGAAAUCGGCUCCACUUCUUCUGUAGCUGCUGCUGGCAUGAUGUCAGCAGCUGCAUCGGCAGGCCUCGAUGCUGGCCGUGGUGCUGCUGUUGCUGAUGGUGGUAGCGGUUUCGGUGGUAGUAAUGUUGGUAGUGGCCUGAACAAUGCGUUGCCUGGGGGCAAUGACAGUGGGAGGGAGGGUGGUUCGUUCACCACUGUGCUUCGUAUGUCCUCAGCUGCCUUUCAGCACCAGCAACAGCAGCAGAUGCUGCUGCGACAGCAGUGGAGUGGGCAGGCGGGUGGAGGGCAAGAGAGUGCAGCAGCCAAUGCAGAGCCCUCUGUGCAUGUGUGGAGGCCCAGGGAAGACACGAGCUGGUUCCAGCAGCUGGGGCAGUCAGGAGCACUUGAGAAGCUUGCUGGAGGCAUGGGCGGGGAGGGCGGGGAGGCGGGGAGGUCAACAUCUGCGCCAGUCGCAGGGGGGAUUGCAGGAGUUGGACCACUUGUGGCGUCGGAGAAACAAGGGAUUGAAGGAAGGGCUGGUGGGGAACGGGGAGGAGGAAUGCUAUUGCUGGCAGAGCCUGCGUCUGCUGAUGUUAGCAGACAGGGCGUACAGAGAGAGCAUCAGCAGGAGCAGCAGCCUCACCCUGAUGGCAAAAGGCAUUGCCAUCCUGUGGAUGGAAACAACCCCCCUGCACUGCAGGAGCAGCAGCAACAGCAGGAUGAGGCGCGUGGUGGGACUCAUCAACUGGGCCAACAGGCUUCCAUGCUGGGGUUGCAGCAAUCUCGCAGACCAGAUGCAAUCUUGGAAGCCCUCACAUCGGGGUCGCAGUCAUGGGUGGGUCAGGCGGGGCGCUGGGUGGAUGAGCAUCAAAUGCAGUGGAGGACGCAGAAGGCAGGAGAAAAUGCAGCGAUGGGUGCGGGAAUGGCUCAGACGGAGCAAGACGCUACACACACGGAUAAUCUGGCAGAGGCGGAAAUUCUUCGAGCAUUACACGCAGAGAUGGAGGACGAUGAGGAGGAAGAGGCAACUCCUGAGACAGAAGAGGUUGAGGGUGACAAGAACGAAGGCGAAGGCGACAAGCCCUUAGAAGGAACUGCUCAAGAGGGCGAGAUUGAAGAGGAGGAGGAGACAGAGGAAGAGCAGCCUUCGGCCUUCGGUACCUGGAAUCUCGGCAGUCUGUUACAAACAAUCGCCACCAAAUCAGAGGAGGUGCUACGCGAGUACAAGCAGGAGCUGCAGGAGUUCGGCGAGGGGCUCAAGAAGGAGACGGAGGAGCUCGUGGAAACCACCGCCACCACCGUCAGCGACCUCCCUUCCUCCCUUGAGUCGGGCGCCCAAGUGGCUCAGAGCUCACUGGAGGGUGUGGGCCACUCGAUCGAGGAGUUCGGCUCGUCCCUAUGGAAAGGCACGACGGAGAUCCUGGCAUCAGUGAAGGAGGCGGUGGCGAUGGUGGAGGAGGAGGUCGCCGCCAACGCUGCCGGCGCCCGCCCCCGGGCGCCCUCUGCUGCUGCCGGACUCGCCUCCGCCAUUCCCAGAGGCAAGUACAGCCGCUAUGAAGCGCUGGUGAGCGCCAUGCAGAGGGACAGCAGCACAUACUGUGACGAGCCAGAGGACACAGAGGACUUUGCCAAGUGGGUCGAAUCUUUCGACCUCAAGAACAGGGAGGCGGAUGUGGAGGCGGUGCUCAAGGACAAUGCUUUUAUGCAGGAGCUGCAGUCACGCAUCGUGCCAUUGAUCGUGGAGAGGGAGACCUUCUGGACGCGCUACUUCUACCGCCUCUACCGCCUGCAGCAGGCAGAGGACGCCCGCGCUGACCUCGUCAAGAGGGCGACGACUUCGGAGGAGGAGGACCUGAGCUGGGAUGUGGACGACGAUGCAGACGACGCCCAGAGCAGCCCUGCUGCUGCUGCUGCCCACCUUGGCGCUGUGGGUAAAAGCGAAGCUGCGGAUGCAGAUGCAGAUGCUGCUGCUGGGAUUGCCGCAGCUGAUGAUGCUGGUGCUACUGCUGACGGUGGUGCUCCUGCUGCUGCUGAUGGCAAUGUCCCUGCUGGCGCCUCUCCUUCUGAGAAACCAGAGGAGGCAACGGUCCCAGCGGAGGAAGAAGCGGCUGCUGGGACAGAGAGUGAGGCAAAGAGGAGUGGGGAAGCAAGGGAUGCAGGAGCAGGGGAGGGCGAGAAGGAGAGAGAGGCAUCGAGUCAAGCAGCGACAUCACCGCAACCAGGGAAUGUGCCUCUAUCGGAGGUGAAGGUCCCUCUCCUGGAGGAUGCUGGGCUGGAGGACACUGCACUGCCGUUAUCCGACAUCCAGGCUGCCUUCGAGAUUGCAGCCAGGGCGAGGCCAAGCGAACCUAGUAACCGCAGCAGCAGCAGUGACAGCUCGGCAGGCAGCGAGUGGCAGGUGGUGUCUAAAGAUGAUGCUUCUAAGGAGGACGGAUUGAAGGCAUCACAACCCUCUGCUGCUGAACCUCCUACAGUAGCUGAGCCGGCUGCUGCUGCUCCUGCUUCGGAUGUGUCAGAUGCAGCUGUGGGCGCCCAGCCUGCUGCCGAGCCUACAGUUGCCAGCGAUUCAAAUACAACAAGUGCGGAGGACGAAGCGGGGAAGGAAGAAGAAAACGAUAAAAACAACGAGGCAAAGGAGAGGGGAGGGAAGGGCAAGAAAGAAGGUGGAGACAGAGUGGAGGAUGAGGUAAGUCAUGGAUGA